AUGGCAACUUCACUUCUAGGGGAAGAACCGAGGUUAGGAUCGACCCCCCUAGCCAUGCUGGCCGCCACCUGCAAUAAGAUCGGCGGCCCCAGCCCGUCGCCCUCCUCCCUGUCGGACACCUCCUCCUCCUUCGGAAAAGGCUUCCACCCCUGGAAGCGCUCGUCGUCGUCGUCGUCGUCGUCGUCGUCGAGCGGCUGCGCGGCGGGGCCGUCGGGCUUCGGCGGGGCGGGGGCGGCCCGGACCGGGGGCUCGGGGGGCUCCUCCUCCUCCUCCUCCUCGUCGUCGGCGGCCGCUGCAGCGGCUGCGGCCGCAGCUGCAGCGGCUGCAGCCUUGGUGUCGGACUCGUUCGGCUGCGGGGCCGCCCCGGGCUCCAGCGCCUUCUCCCUCACGUCCAGCAGCGCCGCGGCCGCCGCGGCCGCAGCAGCAGCAGCCGCCGCCGCAGGCCUGCCCUUCGCCAACGACUACUCCGUCUUCCAGACCCCGGGAGGGGGAGGAGGGGGCGGAGGGGGAGGAGGAGGAGGAGGAGGCGGCUCGUCGCACCCCCAGGACGGCUCCCACCAGCCCGUGUUCCUGUCCAAGGUGGACGGGCUGCAGGGCAUCUACCCGCGCGUGGGCAUGGCGCACCCGUACGAGUCGUGGUUCAAGCCGUCGCCCCACCCGUCGGGGCUGGGCGCCGCGGCCGAGGUGGGCCCGACGGGCGGGUCCGGCUGGUGGGACGUGGGCGGCGGCUGGCUGGACGUGCAGAGCCCCGGCGGCGGGGCGGCGGCGGCGGCGGCCCUGCCCGGCUCCCUGCCCGGCUCGCUGCCCGGCUCACUGCCCGGCUCCCUGCACCCGGCCGCCGCCGGGGCGGGCCUGCAGGCCUCGCUGCACUCGCCCCUGGGCGGCUACAGCUCGGACUACUCGGGGCUGGGCCACUCGGCCUUCGGCGGGGCCGCCUCCCCGCACCUGCUGAGCCCCGCCGGGCAGCACCUGAUGGACGGAUUCAAGCCGGUCCUGCCGGGCUCCUACCCGGACCCGGCCCCGUCGCCGCUGGCCGGGGGCGGGGGCUCCAUGCUGGGCGGCGGGGGGCCCCCGGGGGGCCCGGGCCCGGCCGGGGCGCCCCUCGGGGGGUCCCCCCGCUCCUCCUCCUCCUCCGCCGCCGCCCGCCGCUACUCGGGCCGGGCCACCUGCGACUGCCCCAACUGCCAGGAGGCCGAGCGGCUGGGCCCCGCCGGGGCCAGCCUGCGCCGCAAGGGCCUGCACAGCUGCCACAUCCCCGGCUGCGGCAAGGUCUACGGCAAGACUUCGCACCUGAAGGCCCACCUGCGCUGGCACACGGGCGAGCGCCCCUUCGUCUGCAACUGGCUCUUCUGCGGCAAGCGCUUCACCCGCUCGGACGAGCUGCAGCGGCACCUGCGGACCCACACGGGCGAGAAGCGCUUCGCCUGCCCCGUCUGCAACAAGCGCUUCAUGCGCAGCGACCACCUCAGCAAGCACGUCAAGACCCACAGCGGGGGCGGCGGCGGGGCCGGCGGGGGCGGCUCCUCCGCCGGCUCGGGCAGCGGGGGCAAGAAGGGCAGCGACACCGACAGCGACCGCAGCGCCGCGGCCAGCCCGGCCUGCCACUCCCCGGACCCCGGACACAGGAACGGCCUGGACUAG